UUCCUUAUACAUUUUUUUGUCUUUCAGAUGUAUUUACGCUUUUAUUUAGACACCACAAUUAUUUUCCGCAGAAGGAAGUCAAAGCUAUGGGUGGGAGGGUAAGAUCAUUUAAACUCUUUGAACUUUGCUAGAUCACCAUAAUCUUUUCAUCAGCAGAGCCAGAAGUUGGUGGUGAAGUUUGAUUUGAGAAUCAUGUCGCAGAACAGUUUGAAUGACAACUGCGUCCAUGUUGAUAAUCUUGUAAAGCGCUAUUAUCUGCCGGUCAUGUACAGCAUCAUCUUUAUCAUUGGUAUGUUGGGGAACAUCACAGCUCUGGUGGUGUACGUGUUUAAAGUACGGCCCUGGACUAACAUGACCAUCAUCAUGGUAAAUCUUCUCGUCAGUGACCUCCUACUCAUGUCCUCCCUGCCCUUCUUAGUUUACUACUAUAACAACAAUGACAUGUGGACGCUGGGACUUGAUAUGUGUCGCUUCACGCACUUCAUCUUUCAUUUUAACUUAUAUGGCAGCAUCCUCUUCCUGACCUGUCUGUCCAUCUUCCGCUACGUUGGAAUUGUUCGUCCGGCGCAGAAGGAGAAAAUGAAGAAGAUGCGCUGGGGUGUGCUGGCCUGUGUGUUGGUCUGGGUUGUUGUGGUGGCCAUGAUAUCUCCAAUCUUUAAAAACUUUGAAUUAAAAUUAAAAAACAACAAAACUGUAUGUCCAGACCUCGCCAGCACUGACAAAGACUUCAUCUGGCCGUACAGCUGGGUGCUGACUGUAGUGGGAUAUCUAUCGCCUCUAAUCGUGGUUUGUUUGUGUUACUGGCGUAUCAUCAGAACGUUAGGAAAGGGUCCUCAUACAAAGAGCAGGGCAAGAAUAAAGGCAAGAAGAGUUAUUGUGUUGAUAUUGACCUGCUUUAUUGUGUGUUACUUGCCUUAUCAUGUACUACGAGCUUUGAGAAUUUACACAAGGAUCAUGCCGAAUGUCACCUGCAUGUUGGACCACGGUGUGCAUGUUGCAUAUGUGAUAUCAAGACCGAUCGCUGUUCUUAACACAGUUUUUAACAUGAUGCUGUACACAUUGUCUGGGGAUUCCUUUAAACAGGCCUUUAUGGAUUUCUUUAGGUGUAAACAGCUCACGGAAAAGAAUAAAGAGAACAAGGUGUCUGUGAUCAGCAAAUCCUCAUCCGACUUACAGUAGUGUACGCUGUAAAACUUCUACAUGUAUUAUAUGUAUUUAUAUUUA